AUGAGGAAACACCGGUUGUUACCGCUGUGCGCUCUUCUGGGCGUACUGUUUGCAGGACUGCUGCCCAAACUUGAUGCUCAAGAGGAAGGUAAGUUUGAAUCUGCUUUUAUUUUCUCAGUUCAACUUGCAGGCCCUUGUGAUGCCCUGUCUUAGGCCCCUAUCACUUCACAUAUCCAUUGAUCUUAGUAGCACCUGGAAGACCUCAGUUGUAACUGUGACUAUUCAGGUUGUGGAUAAAUCGGUGGAUCUGUGCAAGUGCUGCUGAGGAUGAUCCUUGUUAUUUUCAGCACAAAUGAGUCAAUUGGCCAAAAUGUUAGACAUUUAACAAAAAAUUAGGAAUGACAAUGCUGAUAUUUCUGAGCACUGCUGUUAAGAUGGAGUUGUAUUGACAUGUAUGGGUUGAGGUUCCCCCUUUCUUGAAACAAGAAACAUUUGGGUACAAAGACAAAGUUGUCUAGUUCCCUGCAGGAAAUCAAAGGGAUUUUAAUGGUGUGAAUGAGAAAAGCUCAACAUGAGGUCUACUCAGAAAUCACUGAAGCCUUAGAGUGCAAGUCCAGUGUCAUGUUUUGGAGUCCUGGCAUCGAAGUUCAGCCUAAUUUCUGAUAGCCUUUUGGCAGGUGAGGUGAGCUAAGGUGUACUGUCUUAAUAUUUUAACACCAGUUUAUAGGCCUAUUUUUCGGCGGUAUUGUUGAUUGGUACAUUAACAGGGUCAUGAUUGCAGUCAUACCACUGGACUUGGCCUCUGUCACGGCUCGGUGAGUCCUCAAAACCGGGUUUCCUCCUUUGAAGAUUGUGCACAAGAGCUGGCCCCCGUCAUAUACUUUCUACUGGAUUCGUCCUAGAGCAUGGGUAAAGUGUGGUUAAAGCUCUGAACGAGGGUGGCGGUUUACCCUCAUCCAGUACAGUGGCUUGCCCAAAACCGAGUUCCAGCUGAUCACGUACCCAUCUCCGCUGGGGGCCCUGGCCCACAUCCGUGCCAUGGCCUACCGGGGAGGUGGAACCCGCAUAGGCCUGGCCCUGGACUUCCUCAACCAGCCCCACCUGAAUGUGGCGGCGGGCAGCCGUGCUGGCGAGGGCGUGGCCCAGGCGGUGGUGGUCCUGACAGACGGGCACUCCCAAGAUGCAGGUGCUGUGGCUGGCUGGUGUGAAGGUGUUUGCGGCGGGGGUGCAGGACACGGUGAACUGGGAGCUCAGGGAGAUGGCUAGCACGCUGCAGGACACACAAGAGUUCAGCGUAGACUCUUUCCUGGCCCUGGGGGGGGUAAUCCAGGACUUAGUGGUGGGCUUGUGCGGCACAGUGACCCAGGCCGGGGGUGCCCCCGUGGCUGUCGAAGUCAAAGGAUUGCCUCGAGAUGUGACGGGUAACAAAAGGGGGCUUGUGUCACUACCAAACUAAUGCCUACAUUAUCAUAAAAUAAGAAAGUAGCUGCGAAUGUGUGGCCAUGUCUGGAUGGAGUCCUGUAUUAACACGAUCAAGGGGUAUUUAACACGAUAACCCUCAUUCCACCGUCUGGCACCUAUUAACAUCACUGUUUCUCAUCACAUUUAAUUUGCACGUAACACUUUAAGAUCACCACCCAGAUUUGAAUGGAAUUGACACUCCUAAUGAUUUUCAGAAGAAGGCUUUUGAUGGCACUGAUGGCUGCUAUACCUCUUACAAGCCAGAUCAACUAAUUUAUAAAGCUUAUGCAUGAACUGAGAACAGGCCAUCUCAGUCAUUUGGAUAUAUCCAGUGCUUUUUUUAAAUGGUAAAGACAAAUCACCAUUAGUUUGCCAUUUUAGUUGCUGACAACAACAUUGACUCUGUAAUAAUUACAAGCAGGAGCUUCAAACAAUUCAACAUUCAUGGCAGACUGUUACAGGUGGAUAAUAAUCUAUUUACAUGACACAGUAACAGGAUAUUGACUUCAAUAAUCUCUUUCUUUGUCGCUCUCUCUCUUUUUCUCUCUAUCAUCUAAUACACAUAUAUAUUUAAAACACCUCCAGUCCAUGAUCUUUGCUCUACAAAAAUCACUUUUUCUGCUUUUGUCUCAUUGACAACAAAUCUCCAUAUAUUAACCCCUUAUGGGUUAGAUCUUUGAAAAAGCGAAUGAAUAGAGGUGACAAAUGGUCUCUCCAGAACGGCCUCCCGAAACACGGAGAGCAGCUUUUGACGAUGGCUAACCACCCACCCACUGCUUGUGCGUCUUGUUUAUGUUUUGUGUGUUUAGGCUAUGUUUUAUCAGUUACUGUCUUCAUAACUGUGUAAAAUAUGUGCAUAAUAUUCUACAACUGAAACAGUGAUGAACCUGCCUGGACUCAUCCUUGACUUGCAGCAGAGCCUAGAUAGAGAGAUUUCUAGUUUUAUCUAGUAUAAUAUUGACAGUGCAAAUGUAGUGUAAUAUCAACAUUAGCAAGUAAAAGAUAACAGCUUAGCACAAUGUACAAUAAAAUGUUAUAGAAUAGUUAUUUAUUCUCUUGAUUAAUGGUAGAGGCUCUUAAGCAUCAAGGAUGGGCCACAGGGUCAUGACUGGUACCCAAUAUCUCUGAGGUCUGUAACAUGAGUCUGCAUGGGGUAGCUGAACUCAAUGGUGUUGAAGGAGUUUAUUUUUGGUGCAUUAUCAUAGAACCCAAGCUGAUAUAAGACAGAUAAAAAGGAGAAACUGACAUUUUACAAUCCAUAUUAUUCAUUGUGUUUGAUAUGAAAAAAACAUUUUAACAGUAUUAUGAAAUUAUGAGUAUAUGAGUAUUAUGAGUAUAUAAUGAGUACAGUGCUUCAACACUAUUCCGUAAUGUUCUGUUGAUGUCGCACUGCCCAAAUGUAUUUUACAUUAAUGGAGUAUUAUAUAGCAAGCUACAGGGUCAUGCUCAGACUAAUUUGCAUCCAUUAUCACUUAAGGUCAACAUGUAAUCACUCCUUGGUUCAGCCUACAUGCAGUAUAAUGUGUUUUUGUGAUGUUUUUUUAAUGAUUGAUUGUGUUCACCAUGAAUGUUACCUUCAAUGAUGUACCAGCACGUUAUCUUUCUCCUUUCUCUGUUUUAACACUUUCACGUUGCAUUCUUUCUGUUUUCUCUCUCUCUCUCCCUUUUAAGCACAAGAGUCAGCUGACCUUGUACUCUUAAUUGACGGAUCUGAGAAUGUUGGAGCGGCCAACUUCCCCCGUGUGCGUGAUUUGGCUAUGAAAGUCAUUGAGGGCCUUGAUGUGGGCAGGGACACAAUUCGGGUGGCCGUGGCUCUGUACAGCGCGGACCCCGAGGUUCAGUUCUUUCUAAAUACCCAUGAGAACAAAGCCGCUGUCCUGGAUGCAGUGAAGGCCAUUCAGUUCAUAGGCAGCGAUGAGGCUAACCUUGGAGCCGCCUUGGAGAAAGUCGCUGAGAGCCUGUUGAGUCCGGCAUCAGGGGGCAGGGCAGAGGAGGGGGUGCCCCAAGCUCUGGUGGUUAUCAGUGCUGGACCGUCCAAUGACGAUUUCAGUGCGGGUGACAGGGCCCUUAAGGCAGCAAGCGUUAUCACGUUUGGUGUAGUAGUCGGCAGCGCGGCCACCGCCGAGCUGGAGACUAUCGCCACAGACAAGAGCUUUGUUCUGUCGGCCCCUGAUUUCAGAGCAGUGGCAAGCAUGGGUGACCAGUUGCUACCAUACAUUAACGGGGUGGCCCAGCGCACCAUUGUCAUUCAGAAUGAAUUCACAGAAGGUAGGUAACUUCCAUGCAAGGUGGGAGUGGGUUCGGGGUUCAUGGAACAUCUUUAUUUUGUGUGUCUUAUAGCUGAUUCCAUACUUUAGGUACUGUAAGAAUAAUAAGUCGCCAACACUUGAAAUCAAAUCAAAGUUUAUUGGAUGUGUACACAGAUUUGCAGAUGUUAUCGCAGGUGCAGCAAAAUGCUUAUGUUUCUAGCUCCAACAGUGAAGCAAUAUCUAACAAUACAAUAACAAUACACACAUAAUCCAAAAGUUAAAAGUUAAAAGAAUAUCAGAACGAGCAAUGUCAGAGUCCAGAAUAUAAAUAUGGACAGUAUAUGCAUAGAAAAGGUGUGUACAGCAGUAGCUUUAUAGAAUGAGCCAUGACUAGAAUAGUAUAUUUAAGUAUAUACAUAUAAAGUGGGUAAAACAGUAUUUCAACAUUAUUAAAGUGACCAGUGUUCAAUGACUAUGUACAUAGGGCAGCAGUCUCUAAGAUGCAGGGUAGAGUACCGGGUGGUAGCUAUUGACAGUGUCUAAUGUUCAGGGCAGGGUACUGGGCGGAGGCCAGCUAGUGAUGACUGUUUAUCAGACUCUCGGGCCCAGCUUUACAAAGCAUUAACAAGUAUUACAAAGAAAGAAAGAAAGAAAGAAAGAAAGAAAGAAAGAAAGAAAGAAAGAAAGAAAGAAAGAAAGAAAGAAAGAAAGAAAGAAAGAAAGAAAGAAAGAAAGAAAGAAAGAAAGAAAGAAAGAAAGAAAGAAAGAAAGAAAGAAAGAAAGAAAAGAAAAUCUCACCCCAGCAGGUCAGGAACAUAAGAGAAAGAACAAUGAAUCAAAGACCCUUUAAUAAGCAUCUGAGUUGUUUGGAUUCAAAAGCUGAGUUGUUGACCAAUAGAAUUACUGUAAAGUUAACCUCCAGUCAGAUAUCAGACCUACAGAAUGUAACCUCUGCUUCUCAGGGGUGAGACAAUGGGGGUUGGUGAGAUCAACACAAAGAAGGCUGAAUUCCUGAGAAGACAAUCAAACCUUUUGCAUAGACUGUUGAUAAGAAGAGUAAUUUCGGGGGCUGCCUUACAUAUCUAAUUGUGAGACAGCAGGUGCUUGAAAUUCGGGAAAGGGUACACUCCAUAUUUAUCUCAAUCUAAUAUAUCAAUCUAAUAUUAUAUUGAAAUAGCGGUAGAUAACAUUUCACAAAUAGGCCAAUGCAUCAUAAUGAAAGUUAUGACAAAAGACAGACAGGUUAGCAUCUUGACUUGAUUUCUAACUUAAGCCAGAUUGACAAUAAAUAACAGAUCUAACAAGUGCACAAGCAUUACAAAACAUAGUUUUAACUGAAUACUGAAAUACUGUAGUUUAGACAAUUGGCUAUUUAGAUCAUGUGUAAUUAAACUAGCUGACCUACAAAAAAGCAACAUGAUAAAGUAGGUUUGGUAUAGUUUAGUUAGCUGGUUAGGUAAGCUUGCUGUCUCACUUCGAUGUAGAUGUUCGCAUAUACGGUUAACUAGAUCUUUAAUUUACUUUACUGACUUUAUUGUCCCCAUGGGGAAAUGUUGUUGCAGUAUCAUGUACAUGUUUAAAGUGGCGUUUAAAUACAGUAGACAACAAAUUGACAAUACAAAAUUCAUAACAGUUACAUACAGUAUACUGUAUACCAAUGAAAGAGACUAGCCUGAUGGCCUUUCUGAGUGGAUAGGAACAUUAGCCCGAGCACUUAAGAGGGAUAUCACACCUGGCAAAAAUGAUUGUCUAGUUCAGUUUUUCCUGCUGGGGGGUGCCCUAUACCUGCACCCAGAGGGGAGUAGUUCAAAGUCCAGGUACAGGGGGUGAGAUGGGUCUAAAAUGAUUUUGUGAGCCUUGAUGGGGACCCUGACCUUAAAGAUCUCAUCCAAGCCUGUCUGUUUGACUCCAGGUACCUUGCUUGCUGUGGUGAUAAUCCUUCUCAGCAUAUUAUUUUGUCUGAGAGUGGCAUUGCCAAACCAACAAACAUUAUUCAAAACAUGUAAAUGCUCUCAAUUAAAGAUUUGUAAAACAGAGUCAGUAUAGUACAGUCAACAUUAAAAUACUUUUGAGAAAGUACAGAUCUACGGCUAAUCUUUUCAUCUCUUCCUGUGAAGAAGGAACAUGUAAUUGUAUUAGUAUUACACAGUUACCCUCUUCUCCUAAACAAGUAGCACACAGUGGUGGAAAAAGUACCCAAUUGUCAUACUUGAGUAAAAGUAAAGAUACCUUAAUAGAAAAUGACUCAAAUAAAUGUGAAUCACCCAGUAAAAUACUACUUGACUAAAAGUCUAAAACAUUUAGGUUUUAAAUAUACUUAAGUAUCAAAAGUAAAUGUAAUUGCUAAAAUAUACUUAAGUUUCAAAAGUAAAAGUAUAAAUAAUUUCAAAUUACUUGUGAUAAGCAUGCCAGACAGCACAAUUUUCUUGUUUUUUAAUUUACGGAUAGCCAGAGGCACACCCCAACACUCAGACAUAAUUUACAAACAAAGCAUUUGUGUUUAGUGAGUCCACCGGAUCAGAGGCAGUAGGGAUGGCCAGGGAUUUUAUUUUGGUAAGUGAGUGAAUUGUACAACUUUCCUGUCCUGCUAAGCAUUCAAAAUGUGACGAGUACUUUUGGGUGUCAAGAAAAGUGUAUGGCGUAAAAAGUAAAUUAUUUUCUAUAGGACUGUAUUGAAGUAAAAGUUGAACAAAAUAUAAAUAGUAAAGUACAGAUACCAAAAAAAACGACUUAAGCAGUACUUUAAAGUAGUUUUACUUAAGUACUUUACACCACUGGUAGCAUAACAUAAAAUGCAUCUAGAACACCUCCAAAAUCACACCAUUCUCUAUAUUUGCACAAUUUGCAGCAAUUCAUACUUCUCCAGAUGUUAAUAAUAAUAUGUCAUUUAGCAGACGCUUUUAUCCAAAGCGACUUAAAGUCAUGUGUGCAUACAUUUUUACGUAUGGGUGGUCCCGGGGAUCGAACCCACUACCCUGGCAUUACAAGCGCCGUGCUCUACCAGCUGAGCUACAGAGGACCACAUGACACACCUUUAUUAACAUGAAUCCUAAUAAGCCAUUUUUUUGUGCCUUUCUUAAACAUGGCAUGCUUUGUGAAUGCAUUCAUUCAUGUUAACUAUGGCAUUAAUUAAUUAAUUGCAUCUGUACUUAGGCUACCAUUAAGUGAGUAUCACAGCUUUAUUAGCUUUAAUUAGCUAAUAAUAGUUAGCUUUUAUCAUAGCUUUCUCUAACAUGUGUCAUUUUAUUUUCUCUUUCAGCCUUGGAAGUGGGAAAAAGGGACAUCAUUUUUCUCAUUGACAGCACUAUGGGCGCCACAAUGAUCAACUCUCUUCGUGAGUUUAUCAAAAGGUUUGUUGACACCAUGCCGAUCGGACCGGACCAAGUGCAAGUAGGUGUGGCCCAGUUCAGCAACGCUGCCAGGCUUGAGAUAGACCUGAACGCAUAUGGAUCCAAGGAGGACCUGAGUGCGGCUCUGGGAAGACUCAAGCCAAGACCGGGACAAGCGGUGAACAUCGGGGUGGCCCUGGACUUUGUGAGGACCAACAUGCUGAGGGCUGACAAGGGGAGUCGUAUUCAGCAAGGUGUGCCCCAGCUGGUGCUGUUGAUGACCAGUAAAAAGUCCAGUGACAGUGUGGGGCAGGCUGCUGAGGCACUGCAGCGCAUGGGGGUUAUGACCCUGGCUGCCGGCUCUAAGGCUGCCGAUGAGCAGGAGCUGAAGCAGAUUGCCUUUGAUGAGAGUUUGGUGUUCAUGCUGAAGGAUUUCCGCAUAUUGCUUCGCAACCCCACGGUGAUUGUCUCUCCCCUCUCCACUCUAUCUGGGAUUGUGGUGACUGAGGUACCCACAGAGCCAGGUAAUGCUCCUCUCCUAUCGUUACUAUGAUUCAUACUAGCUACUUAUAUAAAAUGUAUACCUCACAUGUAAGGUGGCAUUUUCUUACCCCAAGACCCCAAAAGGCACAGGUGUCAAACUCAUUCGGUGGAGGGCAGAGAGUACGCAGUUUUUCACUCCUCCAUUGUACUUGAUUGAUCAAUUAAGGUCACUGAUUAGUUAGGAACUCCCCUCACCUAGGGCUUUAUUCAAAAUCAUUGACAUCUAAUAUUUGCAACUUGAAUAUUAGAAUAGGUGUAAUAAUUGUUUUUUUUUACCGUUUUUUCCCCAGUGGUUGAAAUUUCAACAGUGCAGACCCAGCGAGUAGUCAGAGACAUCGUCUUUAUGGUGGAUGGCUCUAGAUACAUUGGGGGUGCCAAUCUUCCAUAUGUGCGAGAUUUCAUUGUCGGCGUGGUAAACAGGCUGGACGUGCGGCCCGACAGGGUGCGCAUUGGCCUCAUGCAGUUUGCAGAAAACCCAAAGAUCGAAUUCUACCUGAACACACACAACACAAAGCAUGAUGUGCUGACCAGCAUUGGUCAGCUCAGGCUAAUGGGAGGGUCUACUUUGAACACAGGAGUGGCUAUGGAUUAUGCCCUUACCAACAUGUUCCAGGCCUCGACUGGGUCACGUAAGAGGCAGGGUGUCCAACAGGUGCUUCUCCUGAUCACUGGAGGCCCAUCCCAGGAAGAGUUUAAAAAGAUAGCAGACAAAGUGGCCAUGGCGGGUGUAUUGACCUUCACAGUCAGUGCCGGCCAGGCAGAUGAGGACUACUUGAAGACGGUCGCUUUUGUCCCAAACUUGGCUUACCAUGAAAGCAGUUUUUCUAGCCUGCCAAAUGUUGUUGAACAGAUCAUGACUCCUUUGAUUACUGUGGUCGGUGACACAGACAUCUCAGUAACAGACAUCGAAAUAACCGAGGAAGCUGGUGAGCUUUAUCUUGUAUUUUAGCUUUAUUAGUACAUUUUGGAUUUAACAGUGGAUAUUAAAUAUUUAAACAUGUAAAAUGGUAUGAAAGAUAUAGAACAAACUGCAUAAUAAUGCUAUUGACUGACAAAACUGAAGGUCUUGUUCCCUUUCCUCUUUUCUUACAGCAGUCAUUGGAGGUGAGAGGGAUGUUGCAUUCCUGAUUGACGGCUCUGAUAAUGUCCGAACAGAUUUCCCCUACAUCCGGGACUUUAUCAUCAAAGUCAUUGAGCCUCUUGAUAUUGGACAAGAUAGAGUACGCGUUUCAGUUGUCCAACAUAGUGAGAGGCCAGCUCCCAAUUUCUACCUGAAUACAUAUAAGGAUAAGGCUGAAGUGUUAAGGGCCGUUAAUGAUCUGAGACUGGCCGGUGGAAGGAGUCUAAACACCGGAAUGGCCUUGAAAUUCAUGAAGGACACUAUCCUGUCCCCGGUUCAUGGUAGCCGUGCGGCCCAAAAUGUCCCCCAGUUUUUGAUCGUUUUGACCGGAGGCAAGUCAAAGGAUAACGUGAAGGAAUCUGCUGGCGCUUUAAAGACAGAUGGAGUGGUACCGUUUGGCGUUGGUGUCAAGGAUGCAGACCCUAAGCAAAUUGAGGACAUUUCUCACAACCCAUCCUUUGCUUUCAACGUGAAGGAAUUCAGCCAGCUCAAUACGGUCCAACAAAGGCUUAAUAGCUAUGUGAGCCUUCCCAAGGAACAGCUGAAGGUCAUUCUGGAGCAAGGUAAGAAAAAAAAAAAAAAAUUAUCAUGUUCUGUGUUGAUGCUCUUUGUGCUGUGAUAUUUGUUUCUUCUAAACGUGCCUUGUUUGUUGUGUCUCAGCUUCGGUUCAUGCUAAUGCUAUCUCAGUUCAUACUGAUGCUGUGAAAAGAGAUAUUGUAUUCCUGCUGGAUGGUUCUGAUGGCACAAGGAGUGGAUUCCCAGCAGUGCGAGACUUUGUUCAAAGUAUAGUGGAUAAACUGUCUCUGGAGGAGAACAGAGACAGAGUCUCUGUGGUUCAGUAUGCUGACAAACCAGAGGCCCAUUUCUAUCUGAACUCUCACAAAACAAAGGAUGCCAUUAUUAAUGCCGUAAGUAAUAUGAGGCACAAGGGUGGAAGGAGCCUAAACACUGGGGCAGCUCUCCAGUUUGUAAGACACCGUGUCUUUACUGCCUCCUCUGGCAGUAGACGACUGGAAGGUGUGCCCCAGAUCCUGAUUCUUUUGACUAGCAAGAAAUCCAGAGAUGAUGUUAAGGGCCCUGCUGUAGCUCUUAAAGAUCUGGAAAUUGUGUCAAUGGGGGUCGGAGUUGGGGACGCCAAUGUCCGGGAGUUGGAAAUGAUUUCCUUCCAACCUGGUUUCACAUACCAGGUCACUGAGUUCUCUGAGCUGCCCUCAAUCCAGCCACAGCUUGUUGCUAUGCUUAAAAGCCUGUCGAAAGACACAGAUGAAUCAGUAGCUCCUGUGACUCCUGAAAUUCCUGAUUUAGAAGGUAAGAACUUCAGCUUGGAUAUGAGUAUGCUAAAUACAAGAAACAUACCAUAUUCUUUAUCUUUGGAACAAUGCUGAAAUUGAAGCAUGAUAAAUUCAUGGAUACCUAAGCCUUUGGUAAACGUAGUCUCAGUAGAGCAUUUCCUGCUAUGUUGAUACAUGUUAUGCAUUUUGGUAGAAAGGUGCUAGUAUUUAGUUGCAUGAUUGAGAAAAUAGUAUUUUAAAAUGUCUUAUUCAGAGUAUUUAUUGGCUUUUUAUUCUCUUAAACCAAAAACAUUUCCUCCUAUUUCACUCUGUUCUCUCUCUUUAUCGCUUACCUCAACCAUGUAUGGAGAAACUAUGCCAAACUUGACAUAUUUUUGUUGAAAAGAUGGUUCUUUGUUGUUCUGCUUGUGAUGAUACCUUUCAGAACAGUAGUUUAGUGCUCCCAAAACCUGCAUACACUAUUCCAGAUUCUCAUUCACCCUUGCAGAUAUGCAUGCAAAUGUGUAUUGAUACAGACAAAUAACCACAACUGUAAUUUUGCUGUAAUUUCUUCUCAGUGGUAUUUUCCCUCUGAUAUGUCUUGUGUUCAGAUUCAGCUUCAAACAUUCCUAAAAAUGUUUGUUUUUUGUUACAUCUUACAUGCCUUUUCUAUAAUAUAAUUGUUAGUCAAUAUAUCCCAUUUUUAUCUAUCUUCACCACCUAGUUGAUACAGAGAGCAGUAAAAGGGAUAUAGUAUAUCUCCUUGACAGUUCAGACGACUCCAGAAAUGGAUUGCCUGCCAUUAGAGAGUUUAUACUCUAUUGUCUGUGGUCCUCUGUAGCUCAGCUGGUAGAGCAUGGCGCUUGUAAUGCCAAGUUAGUGGGUUCGAUCCUCGGGACCACCCAUACACAUGGGUCAUGCACGCAUGACUGUAAGUCGCUUAGGAUAAAAGCAUCUGCUAAAUGGCAUAUUUAUACGAAGAAUGGACAAUUAAUUGACAUCGAUGGGGACAAUGUUCAAGUUGCUGUUGUGCAAUACAGUGACGAUGCUAUGGAGUACUCCCACCUGAAAGUUCACAAUACCAAAAGGGCUGUCAUCUAUGCUGUUAGAAGCCUAAGGCAUAACGGAGGAAGACCCCGCAACACUGGGACAGCUCUUCAGUUUGUUAGGGACAAUGUUUUCACUGCCUCCUCCGGGAGUCGGCAUCUGGAAGGGGUUCCUCCGAUUUUGUUUUUGUUAACUGGUGGAGAGUCGAGUAAUGACGUCACAGCCGCUGCAUCUGAUCUGAAACAUCUUGGGGUUCUUUCUUUUGCCAUUGGGAUUAAAAAUGUAAGGCAAGAGGAGCUGCGAAGCAUUGCCUACUCUUCCAGAUUUAUUUUCAACCUACCCGUCUUUGGUGAACUUUUGUCCAUACAGCCAGAGAUCCUUGGCUUUGUCCAGUCAAAAAUGGGAAAUGAGCCCCCCACUAUUGUCGGGUUGAGCUGCCAUGAUUCCCAGUCAAGAAUGAAGUUGAAUUAA